AUGGAUCACCUCAUUGAGAGAGUCAGUCCUGUCAAUAUGCCGUCUCGCCCGUCUGCGACACCAUAUCAGCACCUCGGCAGCAGACCAGGGAGGAGGAGAACCGUCAGCGUGGACGAUGUCCCUUGCUGGAACUGGAACAACGACAGCGGCGUUUCACUCAGGUAUACUAACGCAGACCCUUGGUCCGAUGCGGUUGUAAAUAACCUGUCCACUAGCAACCUGUUGAUACCAAAGGAAAACAUGCUCACCAUGGGCCGACUCUACCUCGCAUGGUGUCACGGACAGCCCAUUGCGCUAUUCAAGCCGGAGACGUUUCUUGAUUCCCUCACCUUUCGGGACCUGGAGCUCACUUUGGCCUUGCAAGCCCUCAGCCUGCGGUAUCCUCCGAGCACACUGACGCCGCAGAAGCGCGAGAAGCUGGAUUCCAUGGAGCGCGAGUCGAGAAGCGCGGUGAUGAACCGCAUUGCGAGCUCGGCUGUCGAACUUUCCACGCUGCAGACUCUUUGUAUCCUGAGUAUGGUUGAAUUUGCAGAUGGAAACAUUGCGCAGGCAGGUCUACACGUGGCCAUUGCCAGCCACCUGGCGCAGAGUGUCCAGUCCAACAGCAUGUUGGGCGACGCCGACGAGUUCAACGACUGCGUACGAAGCAUCAUUAUGCUUCAGAACCUCCAAGGGUGCAUCGCGCCCGCCACGGGCCCCGGCAGCGCUCUCAUCGGUGGGCAGCCACCGCCUAUUUCGCAGAUCCACGCCGCCGCCCUCUCCGGCCGCGAACCCUCGAGCUCGGUGCAUGAUGCGGGCAGCAGCCAAAUGGACUCUGGCAUCAUGAAGUAUGUGCUGGAGCUCAGCGAGGCGUGGCGCAUGGCGCGGUCGUAUGCGGCCUGCCGCGUGGGCUCGGACGCGCCGCCGCCGUGGAACCAGCACUCGGACUACUCGAGCGUCAUGAAUCUGCACCUCGAGUUUGAUUGUCGCGUGCCAUUACGGUAUCGCUUCGCGGCGAAUAAGUUUGCCGAGCAGGACACCCACGACCUAGAACAGAAACGGGAUUACUGGGGUCCUUGGCUCUACAUCCAAAUCAUUUACGCUGUGAUUCCGUGCAUCGUCAACCACCCGUUCCUGCUGUCGAUGCGGUUGAAGAACUUCCGGCAGACAUUACCCCAGUCUUUUAUACAUCACUCAUUCGAGUACAUAAAUCGUCAUGCGGGAUGGAUCAUGUACUUUAUAAACAUGUUGGAGAAGAAGUCUUUCCAGAUUGCAGAUCCAGCAAUGGCGCACUGCAUUGCGGUUGUGGCGACUAUUCACUUGCAGCACAGCUUUGUCGAAGACAGGCCUCUUCGUGACAAGGCGCAACAAGGCUUUGAGAAAUGCAUUGGCUUUCUACGACGAAUGGGCGGCACUUGGCCCUAUAUUUCUACCAUGGCAAACAACCUGGCAAAGCUACGGGACAGCGUCGGCUUACUGUACUCUCCGCGGGCACACGGAGCUUUCCCCCACGACCGCGACUCGUUUUCCAUUGACGCCCAGCUGCUCUGGGACAUUCUCAUCUACGAGCGGGCCGGCCGGCCCGAUGCCGGUGCCGACCAGUCCAUCUUUGGCAAGACGCUCAAGGUCGGCACCGAGAUUCGCGAGGACGACGUGCGCGCCGCCGCAGAGUUUGACCUGGUCGGCUCCGCGGGCAUCUCUGGCCACAAGGCCGUGUCCAAGGAGACGCCGGCGUAUGCGCCCAACGAGGACGCGCCUCCCGCGUCGGGCGUGCUGGUGGGCGGUGGCGGCAUGGAGGAGAUGGGUGGUGAGGCUAGUGCUAUGCUGGUGUCGGUGGAAGAUCGCUUCUUUGAGGGAAUUGGUGGCUUGGAUGGCGAAGAGCAUCUGUUUUUGCAAGCAAAUGACUUUGGGAAGGCAAUUGAUACCUGGCUGAGCCAUGAUUCAUUUUAA